UCUUGCUCUUAUCCCUUAAGGGGGACACAUUUGCUUCCUUAUCUCACAGCUUCUCCUGGCCACCGCUAACAGCUGAAAUGGUUAAGAAGAUUUGGCAGCUCAGCAGCAACUAGCCACCCGGUGAGGGAGGAACCGGCCUCCGGGGGCCAGAGGCAGGCAGCUCACUUGCCCAGGAUUAAGUGGGAUCGAGAGAGAUUACGGCCCUCUCUCUCUCUCUCUCUCGUUUCCCCCCUGUUGCUCGAUGAAAGCGUAGGACUCUGUCCACUCUCAGGGGAAUAUAUAUUUUCUCAACGAACUGAUUUGUAGUUUUCUCUUCGAUUGGAGGACGGGGUGGAAGAGGACUUGGAUACCUCAGCUAACAGGUGGUCGGGGGUCCAGGGAUCAUGAGGCAGGCGGUGGAGGCUCAGGUCGUAACUCCUCCCUUUGAGCUGGGAGAGCAAGGCCUGCGGCAGAUCCUGUCGGACGUGAUUGAGGAGGUGAGACGCUCUGUUAGUCAGGACAUUGAUGGAGCAGAGGUCCUCCACAGUCUGCUGACCGCCUCCUGGCUCCAGUCGCUGCUUAAGGUGUACGAAUGUCUUCAAAGGUAUCUGACAGACUGCCCAGCUCCAGCUCUGGAUUUUGCUUCAGGACUCUCACUUCAGUUGUUGAUAGACAUCAGAUCGCUCCCAUACUGUUCCGAAGAAGCCAAAGAGUUGUACCGUCUCCUCCGACAGCCGCACAUGCAGGCUCUUCUCUCGGCUCACGACACCGUGGCCCAGAAGGACUACGAGCCGGUGCUGCCGCCGAUGCCGGACGAGCUGCCGGACGAUGAGGAGGCCACCCGAAUCGUCUGCCUGGUCAAGAACAAGCAGCCUCUGGGAGCGACCAUAAAGAGAAAUGACAUCACGGGAGAGAUUUUCGUGGCUCGUGUUAUUCACGGAGGGCUGGCCGAUCGAAGUGGCCUGCUUCAUGCAGGAGACAGGAUUAUAGAGGUGAAUGGUUUUCCUGUGGACGGAAUGGAGCCUGAGCAAGUUAUCCAAGUCGUGCAAGCUCGGUCACAUGGCACCAUCAUGUUUAAGGUCAUUCCCAUCACAGAGAGGCCGAUCCACAACCAGACCAUGCUCUACGUCCGGGCCAUGACCGACUACAGCCCUCAGCAGGACCCAACCAUCCCCUGCGCCGACGCCGGGAUGAGCUUCAAGAAGGGCGACAUCUUGGAGAUCGUGGACCAGACCGACGCUCUCUGGUGGCAAGCCAAGAAGCUGCCCGGCAGCUCGGCCUGUGCCGGACUCAUCCCUUCCACUAGCCUGCUCAAACGGAAGCAGAGGGAGUUCUGGUGGUCCCAGCCGUACCAACCACACGUCUGCAUGCAAAUCUUGAGCACCGUCGACGAAGAGGAGGAUUUGAUGGCCAUUGAUGAGAGAUGUGUUGAAGCAGAUGAGGAGGCAUUUGAAUCUGAGGAGCUCAGAGAAGAGGUGGAUGACUUCAGCAGCAACAUUGAAGGAGUUUACUUGGCGGGGUUCAGGCGCAGCAUCCGUCUGUGUCGGCGGCGUUCCCAGAGCACAACUCAGCCUUCCUCCCACAUCCGCUGUCCCAGCAGCUGCAGCAGCCUCCCAAAUAACCCUUAUGAGGAGGUGGUCCGGUACCAACGCCACCCAGAGGACACGCAUCGCGUCAUUGCCCUCAUAGGUUCAUCUGGUGUGGGUGUGAAUGAACUCCGACGGCGCUUGAUCGAGAUGAGCCCAAACAUCUUCCAGGGAGCUAUACCUCAUGCAACAAGAAGUCCAAGAGGGUACGAGGAAUCCGGGAGAGAAUAUUACUUCACCAGCCGAGAGAUUUUUGAUCACAUGAUCUCUAAUAAUCGGUUUCUGGAGUUUGGCGAGUACAAAGGAAACCUUUACGGAACUAGCAUUGAUGCUGUGAAAGACGUUUUAAACAGCGGGAAGAUCUGUGUUGUUGACAUAGAGCCAAACGUUGUUCAGGCAGUGAGGACUCAUGAACUGAGAGCGUACAUUAUCUAUGUGAAGCCCCCGCCUCUGGAGCGCCUCAGGGAGACGAGACAGGACUCGUACAUCACCACCAACUACUACGUCAACCGUCCAUUCAAAGAUGAAGACUUCCACGAGAUGGAGGAGUCCGCCCGGAAGAUCGAGGCUCAGUACUGGCAGUUCUUUGAUCAGGUGAUCGUCAACGAUGAGCUGCAGGACUCCUGUGUCCAGCUGCUGACGGCCGUCAGGAAAGCACAGGAUGAACCACAGUGGGUCCCCGCCUGCUGGAUCCGACCCACGGCCGAAUCAUGAGAGAGAGGGAUUAAAGCACUCUUCGCCGGGAAGAUACAAAUGUUGAAAUGUAAAAUCUUUGCCUGGAUGUUUGAGGGGAAGCAAGCCAGGAAAUAUGUAAAUCCUUUCAUCUGUAUGUAUAUGUGGGGAAAGCUUGUUCUGGUCUUUAAAUCUCUUUAAAUCCCAGAGGAGGACACAAAGCCCCAAGAAAUCCCAUAAACUGUGUCACAAUUUCUUUUCUUUUUUUUCUUUUUUUCUUUUUUUAACUCUGCUCAACGUCGUCGUUUAUUUAGAUGUGCUUUGUGUACUGGAUUUGGAAGGUGUUUAGAUUAAAAUAAAUCAGUUUUGUACUUUGGAUGCAGCUCCGUUUUCAAUAAAGAAAAAAAAA